GCGACCUGCGAAGCAUGUCUGUCGCAUUCUUCUCUUCGCGCCUCUCACCGCGCCCUCAUCUCCCUUUCGUUCUCAAACAAAGGGAACACCGUCCUAGACCAACAUGAAGGUCGAAUCCAUGGACAACGGUGAAUGGGAAGACAUCCCGGAAGUGAACACUGCGCGGUCGUCGCGUACGCUGUCUGUGCCUCCUAGCCCUGCCAGCACGCGCAUGGCCACCCGCAGACGGAAGACCCCCCACAAGAAGACGAACCUCACGCCUCCCCUAAUGUCUCGUCGAUCGGCGACGCCUGCGGCACAGCUGCAAGAAGAGACACCCGCUUACGUCGAUCGCGAGCAGAUACAACAGGCUGUCUUCACUGGCGCAUCGGCUAUGGUGUCUUAUGUUAUGGACGUCCUCGGCACUGCGUUCUGGCUGCUCAAGAAGCCUCUCGGGGUCCUCGCUUUCUUUGUGGCCCUGGGAUUUUUGUGUGGCUACGUCGUGGAGAAGUUCCGCUUCAUGCUCACACCUGUGUGCAUACUCCCCGGCAUCCGGUCUAGCAUUCUCUGCCAGCUGCCCAGCAUAUCGAAAUCAGCGAACUUCACCAAGCUGGUCGAGGUGGAGGACAACUUCGAGGGCAUCAUCAACGCGAACGUGGGCACGAGCGAGCUCAGCCUGAAGCUCAAACAGUCAGAAAUCGUCACGCGCGACCUCGUCACGCUCGUGCGCGUGAGCGACCUGAAGAGCCGCGACACCCUCGCGGAGGCUCUCAUGCAAUUUGUGGAGGAUGCGAAGAAGACGGGAGAGGGACUGCACAGACUUAGCGCGAAGAUCAACGGUGCCGUGGAUCGCGUCGCUCAUUCAAACAGCCACGCCAUGCGCACAAUAGGGGCGGCUAUAGAGAAGAGCGUCUUCUCAUUGUCACGCCUCUUGACCCCGUUCACGUCUGGCUCAACCGAGGCAGCCGUCCUGCGCUCGUUCGAAGAUGCGAUGGACACACUAGCCCAGGGGACCCAGCGCGCGCUGUUCGAGGCCUCAGUCAGCGUGGCAAACCUCGAGCUCCUCCAAGAACACCUGUUCACGAUCCACGAACUCUGCUCGCGGGAGGGCGUCGUGCUGAGCGAGGAGCACGAGCAGUUGCUCUCGGAGCUCUGGACGAAGCUCGGCGGGAACAACCAGAAGGUGCGCAAGCACGAGGUGCACCUCGCGCUCCUCAAGGAGGUCGGCCGCUACCGCCGGGAGGCCCUCGCGCACGUCGUCGUGACGCGCGACGCGCUGCAGGCGGUCGAGGCGGACGUGGCGGAGCUGAGGGCGACUGCGGCGGCGGCGGGCAUCGCGGGCGAUCGUAUUGCUCCGCAGGCGUUGAUCGGGAGCAUUGGAGACGGGAUUCAGAGGCUGAAGGACAAGCAGCUGAGGGCGAACGAGCUGCAGCAGGCGAUGGUGGACAGGUUCCUGGCGUCGUCGAGUGAUGUGUUGGGCAUCGAAGGUGAUCGAUUGUGAGCAGCGGUCUCACUGUUUUGGCUAUAUGUAUGUAACGAUUGCUUCACCGGAGUGCGUUCUUGUAUGAUCUUUCAUGUACUUUUGCU